CUACUCUGCUUUUGAGCUCUCUCUUUCUUUUCUCUCCCAUUAUGGCGGGCAGCCGAAGUACUGUACUCUCACUGCCCUAGCUCUCCAUUUAGCCUCCUAAAAACUGACCAAUUACAUUCGGGUACUCUCUCUCUCUCUCUUCUCUUCACGGCCUUCUCAAUACCAGGCACGCGUCACCUCCGUACUGUUGCGUUUUCUACAUAGAAUUUGAUUCCUUCGGUCACUUCCUUUCAUGUAGUUCACCUCUCCGGCUGUUUAGCUUUUCCUCUCACUUCCUUUUCUGUACCUUUCGCCGCGGGUCUCUGCUUUCUCUGUUCGUUUCCUUCCAAGUCUUCCGGAAAAUCUCCAUUCAACCACAGCUUUUCCAGGACAAGGGGUGGCCGUAAAAAUGGAAGUCAAAAGGUGCUUUGUUGACGUUAUGGUUACCGUUAACGAGGGUUGGUUGCUAACGUGCGCUUGGGAAACUGUAGCUUCUCUACUUACCUCGGCUUUGCUUGCGGCUCAGCUCCUUUCUUCAGCUCAAGACCCUCCUGAUCAUGUGCUGUUACCAACUUCUACACCAAAAAGUAGUAACUGUUGUUCAGAAGCAGUCGAUGGUGGAGAAGAUGGAGGCAAUGCUGAUGAUAAUGAUGACCAUGGGAAUGGUGGCAUUGGAGAAGGUGGAGAGGAGCUGUCUUCCGAAGAGGGAGCAGGUUAUGGAAACAAUCCGAAUGGCAACAGCGACGAGUCUAAGAAGGGGCUUGAAGGACAGGCUGGUGGAACUAAAGACGAGAAUGGAGAAGAUAAGAAAAAUGACGAUGACGAUGAUGAUAAUAAUAGUAAUAAUGAUGGUGAUGGUGAUGAUAAUGAUAAUGAAGAAGAUGAAGAUGAAGAUGAUGAGAGUGGAGACGAGGAGGAGGACGAAGUUGUGGUAGAACCAGAAGAGGAUGAAGAAGAAGAAGAGACCCUCCAGCCCCUAAAGAAGAGGAAGAAGUAAGAGGAAAGUGAGGGAGCGAAUUUAGAGUUGGGAAACUCGAUGGUAGGUAGCUCAUCUGCUAGAUUUUUAGUUCUGAAAACUUGCCGCCUUGUUUGUUUGAACAUCUUAUUUCAAAUGAAUCCUAAUGCUUGAUGUUUCCGUUUGAUCA